UCCAUGGGUAGCCUAAACUGGAGACUCUGUGUUCUCUCCAUGGCAAACUCGUCCUUCCUUCUCCAUUACUACAAUAACCGGAGACUCUCGGCCUCGUCUCGGUCCUUCUUCUUUAUACCCACAACUUUGGCUCUCUUAACCUCUCUCUUCAUUCUCUUGUACAUUUACACUACUUCUAAUCUCUUCACCUAUCACCACCAACACCAUCGCCAUAUUCACCUAAAGCCUCCACUUGAUUCCUCUUCGAUCGCUCGUUCGACCCAUGGAAGAUCGAUCCCAAUUUCGGUACAAAAUGGGUCUAUCAAUUUAUACACGAAUUCCCAAAAAGGAGCUCCCUUGGUGGAAGAUGGGAGUGAUGGAAAUGUUGGGAGUCAACGAUCUUCAAGGGUUCCGUUUCACUCAAUUGGGUUUCAAUUGUGAUUAUUCUCUUCUGCCAUUUGGACCUGUUGGGUGUGUGUAUGGGAGCGCACUUGGCCUGGUUCUUAUCAUAAAUCCUGGUCUAAUCGUCACGGGAUAAAAAGACUUCUUUGAGAUCUAGGUGACGGCGUUUAAAGAGUCCGACUCCACUAGGAAACGACAAGCUUCAUUUGAGGUGAAAUCGACACAGAGUUGGAGAGCUAUUGGUAUUGCCUGAAGUUCAACAGCGGUAGAGUCAGCGCAGCCGAUGCACACCUCCAAUGCCAGCGUUACUGCCAAUUGAAAACAAAAUUAGGGAGAUGGGUUUAAUAUACAGGACAAGCUUGUUUGCUUGGUCAAUUUGGCAACCAUAUAUAGCAUGUUUCGUCCCUA